AUGUAUCAAUUGAAUCAGGAACUGGAUAAGCCCACCCUCAAGGAAGGCGGCUCAUACAUCAUGGAGGGACACGAUGCGGCCGAGGCAAAGAACGUGUGUCUCAUCUUCUCGCCCGAGCAGGAAGAAGCGGGAGCGUUGGCAAAGAUGCUUAGAAUCUUUGACGAUCAUCGAGUGAAUCUGCUCCACAUCGAGUCCCGGUCGUCCACCCGCGGACCUGGGUACGAGUUUAUGGUGGAGUGUGACGGAAAGCGUGGUACCCUCGGUCCCGCUAUUGAAGCGAUUCGGGAACGGAGCAACUACUUCAACAUCAUCUCGCGAGACUAUAAGGAUAACGAAGCUACCGUUCCGUGGUUCCCGAGACGUAUCCGUGAUCUGGAUCGGUUUGCUAAUCAGAUCCUUUCGUACGGUGCCGAGCUGGAUUCCGACCAUCCCGGUUUUACCGACCAGACGUACCGAGAGCGCCGCAAGUACUUUGCCGACAUUGCGUUCAACUACAAGCACGGUCAACCGUUGCCGCACGUUGACUACACGGAGGAGGAAACCAACACUUGGCGCACGGUGUUCCGGAACCUUACGAAGCUCUACCCGACGCAUGCGUGCCGUGAGCACAACCACGUCUUUCCGCUGCUGAUCGAGAACUGUGGAUAUCGCGAGGACAAUAUCCCACAGCUGGAGGAUGUGUCCAACUUCCUGAAGGACUGUACCGGGUUCACGCUACGUCCCGUUGCUGGGCUGCUGUCGUCGCGAGACUUCCUCGCCGGGUUGGCAUUCCGUGUGUUCCAUUCAACGCAGUACAUUCGGCAUCCGAGCAAACCGCUCUACACACCGGAACCGGACGUAUGCCACGAGCUGCUCGGUCAUGCACCGUUGUUUGCCGACCCGUCAUUCGCGCAGUUCUCGCAGGAGAUCGGUUUAGCAUCGCUGGGCGCUCCGGAUGAGUUUGUCGAGAAGCUAGCCACGUGCUUCUGGUUUACGGUUGAGUACGGCAUGUGUCGCCAGAAUGGCGAACUGAAGGCGUACGGUGCCGGUUUGCUCUCGUCGUUCGGUGAGCUGCAGUACUGUCUGACGGACAAACCGGAACUGAGGGAAUUCGAUCCGGCCAAGACGUGCGAGCAGAAGUACCCGAUCACGGAGUACCAGCCGGUGUACUUCGUGUCCGACAGCUUUGAGGAUGCGAUCCAGAAGAUGAUCAACUACGCCAACACGAUUCCCCGCCCGUUCGGUGUACGGUACGAUGCGUACACGCAGAGCAUCGAAAUUCUGGACUCUGUGCCACAAAUCUCGAACCUAAUGCGCAACAUCCACAAUGAGUUCGAGGUGUUGCAGAAUGCGUUUAAGAAGCUGUAA